AUGGACAAGGCAAUCAUGUCAACUGGUAUGGGUUUGCUGCGUGUACCCAAUGACACCAUAACCGAUCAGUGGCUCUACGAUGGUGCUGUCACGAGAAGAUAUGUUGUGCGACAUGUAUCCACCUUGCCAUUACGACGUGGUCCUUUUGUGGUGGCCAGCUGCGUUGUUGAUGAGGACGAUGAUCGUUGUGAGCAUCGAAACGAAAACCCCACAUUAUGGGCUGUUGAUGAACCACUUUGA